AGUACAGUUCCCCAGUUCCCCCAACUGACUACCCAGCGGCUGGGCCAGACACCAUUCCUGUCCAAGUUCAGCCAAGAUAUAUUCAGCCUGGGGCAGUUACCGAGGUCCAGUGGAUGCAAGCCCCAGCACGCCCACUGAACUGCCCAGCUGGAUUGGAGUAUUUGAUGCAGAUUGAUCAGGUACUGGUUCAUCAAGAAGUUAGCAUCGUGGAAGCCUUAACGGAUUUUCAAAGUAAAAACAGAUAUGAAAUCAAGAACCGCCUUGGUCAGAAGGUUUUCCUGGCAGUGGAAGACUCUGAGUGUUGUAGCCGAAAUUGCUGGGAUGCGCUUCGACCUUUCACAAUGAGGAUUCUUGAUCAUAUGGGCCAGGAAGUGAUAACCAUGGAGAGACCCCUGAAAUGUACCUGUUGUUGCAGCCCCUGCUGCCUGCAGAAGAUACAAAUCCAAGCUCCGCGUGGUGUACCAAUUGGUUAUGUCGCUCAGAUCUGGCACCCGUUUCUGCCCAAGUUUAAAAUUCAAAAUGAGAAGAAAGAGGAUGUGCUGAAAAUUUGUGGUCCGUUUUUUGUGUGCAACUGUGGUGGAGAUGUUGAUUUUCACAUUAAAAGUCUUGAUGAAGCAAGUGUGAUUGGCAGGAUUUCCAAGCAGUGGAGUGGGUGCAUGAAGGAAAUGCUAACCGACGCCGACAGCUAUGAGAUCCACUUCCCUUUGGACCUUGAUGUGAAGCUGAAAGCUGUGCUGCUCGGCGCCUGCCUCCUCGUCGAUUUCAUGUUUUUCGAAAACUGUGCCGGCCUGGAGCCAAUAAUAGGAGUAUGGUAGCAGCAGAAUGGAGGUCU